AUGGACGAUUUCUCCGAUGACGGUUUCGACGACUUGAAUGUAAACGUGCUGGACGAGCUCGAAAACAAUGCUAUCCAGUUUACACAAGCCCAGAGGCAGGCCGGCUCGACGCAAGAUGACCUCGAACUCGAUGAAUUUGACGAUGACGAUCUCGGAGAUUCCAUCAUAACGAAUGAACUGCGCGGCAACUCUGUUCUCCUCCCCGAGAAGACGGCCACGGCAACCAAUGGCUCGCGCGUUGCGCCACAACGCCAGCAAACAACCCAGCAGCAGCAACAGCAGCAACAGCAGCAACCACAUCAGCAGCAACAGAACAGAUGGGGAAAUGUACCUGUACGCGCGACCCACUACCGGCCACAGCCGGUAGGAACCAACUCGCGACCUCCUGCGCAGAUACACACUGGGCUGCGGCAGUCUCAAUAUGGCCCUCGACAGUCGCAAACCGCCCCAUACAGUCAAAUGCGGCCCCCGCCUAUCCCUCGACCAACCCCCCUCCAGUCACGCAAUCAGCCGUCACAAGCGCCGCAGCAGUCCACAGCAGUAGAUAUCGACCAUGAAGCAUUGCAGGCUCGGAUACAAGAAUUGGAGCUCAAACUACAGACCAAAGACGGAGAAAUAGAUAUCGUCCGUCGGAAUCUAGAGAAACACAGGCAGGAUCACGACAGAGAAGUGCAAGCCUUGAAGAAACAGACUGCUGAGCAAAUAUCCAAGUCAGAACGUGCUGCCGAGGCCGCCAAAGCUGGUCAGAAAACAGCCACGACAGAGCUUCAGUUCAUCCGCCGGGAAUUACAUGAUGAGCUCGACCGGGCCAAGCGGAGGGAGAAAGAUGGGGGCACACCCAAGAAGCCCGCAGCAGCCAAGGUCUGGGGUGUUGCCGAUGGCUUCGACGAUGUUGAAAUGGUUGCUAGUCCCAGCAAAGGCAAUAGAGGUAGGAACCCUGGAGCCGUGGCUAGUGUCAUGCCAGAUCCUCCUGCCAGGCUCACCAGGACACCGACAAAGAACAAGAGAAAACGACCGAAUAUCGAAAGCCCCAUCAUGGCCCUCGAGACCGACCAGGAUGUGAUCAUGACAGAGGAUCACGAGACGACAGGCACAAGCAAAGAUGUCGAUGGACCGCCGCAAACCGAACAGCCGGUAGCUCAGACCAAUCCUCUAGGCGUUGAUUACCUGAGGGUCAUACUCAAUCACAGCUCUGGCUAUGGUAGGCCUCUAACCUUUGACUACUUGGCUGGCUUUGCUCUGCCAGCCAAGCCUGCAGAGAGUCUGGCAGCCAUUCUGUUCCAAAAGCUAGCCAUGCUUGGCGAUCAUCAAGACCCCAUACGGCUCCCGAUUGAGUUUUGUGACAGUGUCAUUGAAUUAUGGCUACAAUGUCGCAAAGAUGGAUGUCUUGCGCCUAUUGGUGAGCUCGUUUCCCUUGUUGCAUUCACAUUGCAGCUCAACACUAUUGGGAUUGCACCAUUCAUCACAGAGGCUCUGGUCUCUACUGCUCUGGAUUCAUGGUACGAAAUCGGCAUUCCUCGAUUACGCAAUCAAAGUUCCGAUGGCGAUCCAUCCGAUGCGGCUUUCCUCAACCUAAAGGAACACAUUCCAACGUCGUCGAUUCUGUCCGUUAUGUAUCUCACGGCUCUAGGAUGUGCCACAUCAGAUCCUAUCGGGGGCUCUCUGUCACGGCCGAUAGUUGACUUUUGGAAUUGUGUGCAUCCAGACUUCAUACUCAUGAUGCUCAAGAGCCACAAACAACCAAUUGACGACUUUAUUACGACUCUCAAGCUGCUAUGUACAUCUGCAUUUGAUGAGUCUAUUGGGCCAAUCUCAACUGCCCCUAAUCGCACUGUGGAUUUGGUCGCGCCUCUCAUCAUCGAAAGACUUACCUAUCAUCUACUGGAGACUCACCAGUGGGAUGUACAGCAAGAAAAACGUUGGACUCUGUGUUUUACAUUGCUACAAACGCUGGCGGCAUUUGCAAGGUCACCCUUUGGCAUGAGACAACUUGUCACGCACGAUUACGCUAUUCCACGGCUGGUCAUAUUCCUCAGUUGGACUAUUGACGAUAUGUACGAUGGCAAUUGCACAUCCACAGUAUAUGUGCUGCCAGACCCCGACUCCCCCAUACCGCAACUAGAUGCAGACACGAGUGAUUCCGGAGAGCCUCCACAAGAUGAGCCGGAUGGAGUGCAGAGGUUAAUCGCACACACGAUGCUGCUCUUGCACACGCUUGUCACGAACAAAGACAACAAGGACAGAGUCAACAUCACAACCAAACUAUCGAAAUUUACUGGGGCACACCAGAAAUACUUAUUGAGCCUCGGAAGGCUGAACUUUGCCGAGGAAGGGGUCAGUGAAGACACGGCAGAGUUGGCACACGAAUUACUAGAGCUCGCGGUCACGGAAGAGGAAGGGGCAGAGCUUGGGGAGUUUUUUGGUGGAUGA